AUGGCCGUCCAAAACCUACCCUACAACCCGACCGAGGACCUUGUCCUGGCGAACCCCCGACGACACUUCCGCACCGGUGUCCGCUGGCAACAUUGGCAGUUGCGGUCCCUCAUCGGGGUUGAUGGGCAGAAUACUGUCUAUUUUCCAGUCCCGAGCACGGACAAUCGGAGCUGUUAUAUUCAGCAACUGAAUACCAAGACACACGAGACCGAAACCGUCAAACGAUUAUCUUUCAAUCCCAGGUGUCUUGUAGCGCGGAAUGGCUGGGUGUGCUGUGGAGGCGAACUGGGGAUAUUCAGUUCAUUUCGUGUGGGGACAAACAUACAGAACAACAUUCAGCCCGACGACCAGCUGCCGCUCUCGCUGAACCUGAACCUGUCGGAGGCCAACUCCUCCAUGCUGGCGCAAGCCCGCUCCGAUAAGAACGUUGUGGCACAGAGCACUACCUUUGGGAAAGAAAGGGUCAAUUGCAUCACACUCUGGUUCCCACCGACACUUGUCGAGCCGUGCGAAGGGGCAUACCGACAAGGCGUCGCCGUUCUAGCCCACAAUGACAGGUCUGUGAUGGUGGUCAGCCUGCAGGACCAGGAGGUCUUGGAUAAGAUCACGUACCCCGAUUAUAUGAACCGUGGGGUCAUAUCUCCCGAUGGUCAACUGCUCAUCGCCAUCAGCGAUGAUCCAUACCUCUAUGUGCACGAGCGGAAGGCGAAAAGCGGCGCGACUAGCAUGUUCUCGCGUGCUACCGAUCGGCCGGUAGGGAGCUUCGCAGCUUGCUUUUCCAGCACCGGAAGAUACCUCGCAGUGGGGACCCAGUACGGGACCAUCUCGAUAUUCGAUGCUACAGCCCUGAAUGUGGCUGGAGCCGAGGCCCUGCUGACGACAUUCGAAACAUCGCGGCCCAAUGCAGAAUUUGGUGCGGUGCGAGAUAUGGCGUUCUCCCCCGGCACCACCGACGUUCUUGCCUGGACUGAGGACCGCGGCCGCGUUGGCGUGGCGGAUAUCCGUACAGGUUUCGACGCUCGCCAGAUUUUGUACCUUGAUAGGGAAAAUGACUUUGAGCAUUUGGCGGUAAACGAUCGAAGUACCAUCGACCCUCGUCUCCUGGAACAGCGACUUGACCGGAGUGAGAGUGUAUUGUCGAGCUUCGCCAACGCCCUGGACACUUCCGUCGAUCUGAGUCGACACAACCGGCAUCCAGAGGGGGAAGGAGCACUGGCACGCUACAACGUUCCGCUAACCGCGGAAGAGACAGCAGUCUUGGAGGCGAUCCAGGAUGUCCGUCGACGCCAGCACUCGUCGACAACAUCAAACAGAGACGGCAGGGAGAAUGGCAGCACCAGCGGUGGCCACGAUGGAGGCGGCGGCGGAUCCGCUGCCAGUACGAGGACCCCAUGGGGCGAGAGAGCGGCUAGGACAACGGAAAGCCCCCGAACAAGAGAGCGUACAGCAAGCGUGUCACGCGCCGUUAACGAGAUACUGGAUAAUAUACGUGACCAGAGGGAGCGUAUCCGGGAUACCCAGGAACGUCUGCGGGCCCGAGAGGAUCCGCCUGCCGAGAGACGCCGGUAUGCAGCCAGCCCCUUCUCUGGAAGCACCGCCGCCCUAGGGAAUGCAGGACCCGGGGCUAGCGGACGCGGAUCGCUGAUCUCACGCCUCAUGUCAAACGCGAAUCCCCAUCCUCCAGGCAGCUGGGAUAACGUGGAGGCUUUAGCGACUUACCUCAUGCGAGAAUGGGAGGAGACUCCGGCCCGGCGCGUUUUCGGGACCUUCGUGUCGCCGCACUCCCGUCCGGGGCCGUAUGACACGGCCGGACUGUCUUGGAGCGACGAUGGGGCUAUACUCUUCGUUGGAGCUGAGAGCGGCGUUUACGAGUUCCGUGUCAACCUUUUCGGGCGGAGAUUUACCCCGAGCAUCACUUUGUCUUAG